AUGGCGGAGGCGGCUUUGGACGCCGUGCGGAGGGAGUUACGAGAAUUCCCGGCCGCCGCAAGGGAGCUCAGCGUGCCUCCUGCCGUGCCCUACCUGGACGAGCCCCCGACUCCGCUCCACUUCUACCGCGACUGGGUCUGCCCCAACAGGCCCUGCAUCAUCCGUAAUGCCCUGCGGCACUGGCCAGCUCUGCGGAAGUGGUCCUUCCCCUAUCUCAGAGCCACAGUGGGCUCCACAGAGGUGAGUGUGGCUGUGACCCCCGAUGGCUAUGCCGAUGCCGUCCGAGGGGACCGCUUUGUGAUGCCAGCCGAGCGCCACCUGCCCCUGAGCCACGUGUUGGAUGUGCUAGAGGGCCAGGCCCGACACCCGGGGGUCCUCUACGUGCAGAAGCAGUGCUCCAACCUGCCCACCGAGCUGCCCCAGCUGCUGCCUGAUCUCGAGUCCCAUGUGCCCUGGGCCUCCGAGGCACUGGGAAAGAUGCCUGAUGCUGUGAACUUCUGGCUGGGGGAGGCGGCUGCAGUGACGUCUUUACAUAAGGACCACUACGAGAACCUCUACUGUGUGGUCUCAGGGGAGAAACGAUUCCUGCUACACCCACCCAGCGACCGGCCCUUCAUCCCCUAUGGUAUGGGACUCCACCUGCAGGGGCUGGAGAGCGGGGGGCCAAGGUAG